GCUGUUUGCCAUAGUAAGCCACAAAACGGUUCGCAUCGCGAUCUACGAUUAAGCAGUCGUCAUCAUAACGAGGAACAGUUGCUCGCAUUGUGCAGUUAACUGUUUUGGAGCACCAGCAACUGCAGCAACAGUUCCGGCAGCUGUUGCGUUGGCGUUGGCGUUUGCAUUCGUAUUCGUUUUUUUUUUGCAAUUCACAGUCGCCCGUAGUACGGUUGACUGCAUUUGUGGGGUUCGCUCGAGGAAUGCAUAGCGGAUCAUCGGUAGAGGCGCGUGUUCCAGGGUGAAUUAAGCGAUAAACGUGUCUGUCUGCAUUGGUAAAACCGCGGAAAUUGGAAGGGAGAAAACAGAGUAGAUUGCGAUAAUACGUACGGAAGGUUGCACUUUGGACAUUGAUUUCGUGUGGUUAACAGCAGCCGCAAGGGUUUGAACAAUCUGCUCUACUACAAAGAUUUAAAGAUGGAACAAGGAGACGAAAAGUUGGACGUAAUUAUCUUCGGAGCGAGCGGGUUUACCGGAAAGUACACGAUCUUCGAAGGUAUCAAGCUGCUGGAUGGACUCAGAUGGGGCGUUGCUGGUCGCAAUCGCGACAAAGUACGGCAGGUGCUGGGCGAGGUUGAGAAGAAAGCCGAUCGCGACCUUUCCGAGGUACCGAUUGUGGUGGCCGAUAUCAAGGAUCCGGACUCGCUGCGCCAGAUGGCCGAGAGGUGCCGGGUGGUGAUCAACUGCUGCGGACCGUACCGGUUCUACGGUGAACCGGUCAUCAAGGCGUGCAUAGCCGCCGGUACCCACCAUGUGGACGUGAGCGGUGAGCCGCAGUACAUGGAACGGAUGCAGCUCGAGUACCACCAGGCGGCACAAGAGCGCGGUGUUUAUAUCGUUUCUGCUUGCGGCUUCGACUCGAUACCGGCUGAUCUAGGGACGGUUUACACGGAGUCCGAAUUUGAUGGUGUGGUGAACUCGAUUGAAACGUACCUUGCACUGGACUCCAAGGAACCGUUUGCAGGUGGAGCUAUCCUGCAUUACGGUACCUGGGAGUCAGCAAUCUAUGGGCUGGCGCAUGCUAACGAGUUGCGACAGCUACGCACGGAUUUGUUCAAGACGCGUUUGCCGCACUUUCAGCCCCGGCUUAAGGAUCGCCCCGUGGUGCACAAGGUAGCACAUCCGGCCGGUUGGUGGGCAGUUCCGUUCCCUGGCUCGGACCGGUCGGUCGUUAUGCGCUCGCAGCGUUACUUCUACGACACCGACAAGAAGCGGCCCAUUCAGAUGAAAGCCUACGUUGCAUUCCAAUCACUACUACAAGUGUUCGGCGUUGCGUUUGUGGGAAUAGUGUUCAGCAUUUUGUGUCGUUUCAAGUUUGGCCGCCAGUUGCUUCUAAAGUUCCCGAAAUUGUUCUCACUUGGCUUUACUUCGCAUGAGGGACCAACGGAGCACACAAUGGAAAAUUCCGAGUUCAGCAUCUACUUCAAAGGAGAAGGGUGGGAUAAGGAGGAGAAACUGCUGGAACCAAAUGAUCAGUACAAGAGUCCACCGACGAAGCGCAUUCUUACGAAAGUUUCUGGCACUAAUCCUGGUUAUGGCGCUACAUGCGUUGCGCUGUUGCUAUCGGCCACCACAAUCUUGAAGGAGAGUAAUAAGAUGCCCGGAAGCGGUGGUGUAUAUCCCCCAGGUGCCGCGUAUGCUAAGACGAGCUUAAUUGAGCAGUUGUGCAAAAAUGGAUUCAAAUUUGAGGUGUUGAAGAGAUCGAAAUAGAACCAAUCCUGCAGGAGUUUGUUGGGAGUGGUAGGAUUCUCUAUUUAGUGGGCACUUAAGGUUUUGGGUCAUGGGUCAUCGGUGUACUAGAAAAGUGAUUUUGUGUGUGAAAAGCCCAGUCCAGUGAUUUUGUGAUUAACUAAAAGUCUGGUAUUUCUUGGUCAUUAACGAAUAUGCAUACUAUACUAACAAGCAAACAUUUCACAGACCUUUACUAACAGAAAAAAAUCACCUUACUGGAAUAAAGAAAUGGAGUGAGCAGUGUAACAUCAAAUUUGAAGACAUAAAGUAGCGUUGCA